AUGGAACUCGAGGGCAAUCUACCAGGGUCGCUCGUCGAGGCCAUGAAUGACCUAGCGGAAUGCCAGGUGUUCAAUGCUUUGAGUUUUGGGCAGGGCAAGGCCGUAUCCCCCGGCCUCGCUGUCCCCGAUCUUCGUUACAGCAAGCAGCUCGUAGCCUACAUCCCUAGCGAUGGCGUGAGGGCAAUGAACGAUGCGAUAAGCUCCUACGUCACUCAGCAUCCAUUUGACCUAGAGCCUGCGUCAUGCUCAUGGGAGAAGGUCCUCAGCGAGAUGGACAAUGCCCAGCGGGAGUACGAACAAAAGGGGAAGAUAGGCGCGGUCCAGCUCCGGCCCCGGUCCAGCAGCGGCUUCCAGCACAAUCUGACGACGGUCUUGGACUGCAUACCCACCGACAACGGCCUGGGGAUCCUGAAGGCCGGGCUGGCCGUCAUCUUCAACGCGGUCAAGAGGAGAUCGGACGCGUGCCAGAGGAUUUUCAAGUGUUUUUCUUCGGUGCCGUCGCUGCUAGAAAAAGCGCGAGACCUCAAACUGAUCUACGAGAACGAGCCAAGACUUGACCUUCGGCUCCAGGCGCUAUACAAGGCGCUAUUCCAAUCCAUACCGGACCUCAUCGACAUCCUCCUGCGGCAAAAAAAGGAUGGCCAGGGGAGACCAGCCAACGGAAAGACCAUGUUUUCAAAGGUGACGAAGACGCUCGUGGCCAGACGCGAUGACAUCUUUGGAGACCCAGUAAAGAAGGUCGACUCUCUCGUGGAACCGAUCAACAAAGCAGUCGCAGAUCUCGACGAGUGUGUGCAGCUGUUAAACUACAAGAACGCGGCCGAGACGAAUGCGGCUGUCAACCAGCUGGUAGAGAGCCACGAAAGAGGGUGGGAAGAGCUUAGACAAAAACUCGAGGCGACUGACAAGGGCGUAAGGGAGACGAAUGAACUGAUGGCGAGAGUCGUCACUGUAGCUGAUCGGUUCCUGGCCGAGCAGAGCCGCAAAACAUGCAUCGCCGGAUCCUGCCCCCACAGGUCUGAUUCCGCGUCCCCGAGACGCGUCGGGUGGUCGUCCAAGUCCCCGGCAGCCCCCGUCAUCCUACACCACGUCCACCAGAUGGACCUCAUCAACGCCAUCGCCAGCCACCGGGGCCACCGGGGCCACUGGCUUCCCAUGCAGCAAAUGCGUUCGCUGGUCAGCAAGGGCGCCCAGUUCGGCGAGGGCGCGCUGGGGCGUGCCUACUACCUCCUCAGCACGCCCGCGUUCAAGCGGUGGAUCAGCCACGCCUCCCCCGCCGCCCUCCUCGUCGAGGGCCACGCCCUCGACGACGUGCAGGGCUCCGUGUCGCCGCUGUCGGUGUUUUGCGCCGCGCUCGCCGCCAGCCUCCACGACGCGGGCGGCGGCGGCGGCGGCGUGCUCUUCUUCGCCUGCAGGCUGGCCCGGGACGGCGGGGAGCUCGGCGGGCCGCUCGCGCUCGCCAGGAGCCUGCUGGGCCAGCUCCUGACGCAGCGGAUGCGGUGGCGCGGCGGCGCGCGGUACCCGCGGCUGGACUUCCUGCGGCGGAACGACCGGCUGUGGCCAGAUCUGUGCGGCGACGACGGGCUGGUGCUCAACGGCGUUUAUGGCCGGCGGCGGCCUCUGCCGGCUCCGCCCCAGAUUUCUGAUGAGUAUGGCGAGGGCGAAGACUCGGACGGCCCCGGCGGCUCCGACGACGGCGACCUCAAGGACCGGCGGCGGCAGCUGGCGGCGCUGCUCUACACGUUCAAGACGCUCGUCCGGCAGCUGUCCCCCGACGCGCCGCUCUACAUCGUCCUGGACGACGCCGCGGCGUACGAGACGGAGAUCGGCGGCUGGCACCGCGACGUCGCCCAGGUCGCCCAAUACCUGUUCGGCCUGUGCGCCGGCGGCCACGGCGGCCCGCCCGUCAAGCUGCUGGCCACGGCGCCCGGGCGGUUCGACAAGCUGGACACCAUGGCCCGUGACAGGCUCGGCCCCGCCGCCGCGGUCGUCGGCCUGGGGGAGCACACAGCACCAUCGCUGCACUCAGCCAGGUCCACCGUCGAGAGCCUGCACGGGAUGGCGGCUGUGCGGCGGCGGCCGGGGGAUGAGGAGAGGGGCGGCAAUGUGUCGUCGCUUCGCCGCCGGAGAAGCUAUGGUGACGGCGGACACGGGUCGCGUCGGCCGGGGGAGCGGCGCCGAGCGUCCGAUCACGUCCUGGGGAUGGACGACGGCGCGCGCUCGGAUGACGACGGCUCCGACGGGGAUGGCGGGGACUGGCAGCGGCCGGGUAGGACAUGGUGAAUGUCUUCCCUGACGCUUUGUAAUAUGUUUUCCUCGUUCAAAGUCACCUGGGACAAUGGCGCCAGCUCAUGUAUUUGUUUGCAAUUCACUGCAAAAAUGUCACAGCACCGUCAUAGACCUCGUCCGACGUCAAAGGCUGCAGGGCGGUGCACUACUAGUGCCCGAGAUAUGCACAAGCCCGAUCCCGUCUGCAAUGAACGAGCUGUCAGGCUGCCUGAAGCCAGCCAACGACGACAACGACGCCCCAAGUCCAGUCUGAUAAUCACAGGGGCCAGCCACCUCUACUACAUGCCCGCGGGCCCUACCAGUCAACGUCACGGGCGCAGGACCAAGCACGAACAUUAAAAGUUUGUCUUGUUAUAAAAACGACGUGAUGAUGCAAUGCGCCAGAAAACAAAACGUGGAAGAAAAGCAGACUCUUGUUCCUGUGUGCCUCUCGCCUCGUGGAAGGACAAGGGCGCUCUGCUGAUGAGAUCCAAAUGACAAAAAAAAUUUGCU